AUGACGCAGGCUUCGAUAUCGCAGAGAGUCGUAAGCUCGGAAGCUUUCUUGAACACGGUCCGGAGCCUGUUGGCCAAACUCGUUGCAGCGAGGGAACUAGAACAACAAGAAGAAGACGAAUUGGAACACGAGGAAGAAGGCGGUGAUCGCAUUGUUGAUUUUGUUGUUGUUGAUUUCCCAAACACGCUCUGGGUUUUCGAUUUUCUCGUUCUCGCGCACGAAGUAGAAAACACGAAGAAGAAGAAGAAUGAAACUGAGAGAGAGACUGUGUGA